AUGCUCAUGAGCGAUGGACUGCUGCGGGUAUUUUGGCCAUAUGACCUCCCGCGAUCAUCAUCGCCCGGUGUGAUUGUCGGAUGGCGGAACUCGGAGCUUGAUUUGUUUGUGCUCACGGUGCUGGAGGAUGUCGAGCCUCGGAAUGUCGAUAAUGCACUUCGUGCGGGGAUUCUGUUUCGAAAUAGCCCACACCCGAUUGUGCGUAUCUUUACGCUGUGUGGACGGUCCCAGAUGCAUGUCCUUGGCUCGACAAAUGCUCCUCAGUCCCCUACUUCGUUCAGUUCCUCUCAUCUCUAUGUGACUACGUACCCGCCAUCGAAAGCUCCUCGUAUCUUCUGUCCACCGGAUGCAGGUCUGUCGGUUCAGGUUAUCAUGUAUCACCGUCCGCACCCAACGCGCAUGGAGUACAUGUCACUGGAUCCUAUUUCUCUGGCUUUGGGCGAUAAAGCCAUAACGGCGGAGAUCUGGGGUCCGUCUUCGGAUAAGAUAGAGUCAGAGGAAGAGGGAGACAAGGCUGGAUCAAAGGUACUGGUUGAGAAGCUCAAGCUUCACUCGGUCGUCAAGCACAUCCCAUCACAGAAGGAGCAGGCCCUCCCGCUCAUAAUCAACCAAGUCAACUGUGCUUACGAGAUGGGACAACUCAUGCUCAAAAACAGCCAUUUAAUUGGGAUUCGUGCGAAAAGAAGUAUGAGUGUUGGAGAACGUGUGGUGGAAUCGGCGACCACACUGUGGGGAUUCAUUGUUCUCUGUAUUGCCCACGUUUUCUGGCAAUGGCUCUGGCCUGUUGUCACCAGAGUCUUUGUCAUUGGGCUUGUGUGCCAUCGCUCUGUUGCAGAAGUAGUCUUGCAAGUUCUCGAGUGGCGUGCUCGUCCUGACGCAGCUGCUCUCAAGGAUAUCUCGGCGACGGCUCAACAGGUUGAUAUACGUUUACAGCAGUUUUGCUAUUGGCCGAUUCAAUAUGUGAAGCUCCGUCAGAGAAAGGAUAAUUGGGAGAGCGUGACAACUAGUCAUCCUGACUACAUUCGGUUCUACAACAGUCUGUGGCUUGUUGCUAAUGAUGUGAUCAUCGGCAUUGCGCUGGGGUCUUAUAUCAUUGACAACGCUAACUGGGUCGCUUCGCAAAUUAACACUGUCCUGACUGGAUGGACAGUAGAAGGAUUACAACGUACAAUUUCAUGGCUCAUGGACUGGCCGGCUGGUUUGAAGCUGAACAACGAACUUGCAGCUUUCCUUGGUGACCUGUUUCUUUGGGUUAUUGAGAAUUGGGCUGCUUGUAUUUCCAACUUGCAACCUUACCUCCCUGCUGUCAUCUACAUUAUUGGAUGUUCAAGCUUUGCAGGCGCCAGCAUGCCCAUUGCUCUGUUCUCUGAUCUUUUGUCGGUUCUGACUGUUCACAUUUACUCGUUCUACAUUGCCUCCGCACGCAUUUUCAACUGGCAACUCACUAUCAUCAUCUCCCUUUUCCAUCUCUUCCGUGGCAAGAAACGCAACGUCCUGCGCAACCGAAUUGAUUCAUGCGAUUACGACCUUGACCAACUUCUCCUUGGCACCAUUCUCUUCACUGUCCUGUUCUUCCUACUUCCUACCGUGGUGGUGUUCUACUUGACCUUCGCUUCGGCCCGGAUGUUAAUAAUCUCAAUGAAGGCAGCACUUGAUACCUGCCUCGCAUUCUUAAAUCACUUCCCACUCUUUGCAUUGAUGCUCCGCGUGAAAGACUCGCAACGUCUACCAGGCGGUAUCCGAUUCGAGCUACGGGAUGAGCCAGACAAGAACUCCACUAAUAGAGACUCAACUGCGAUGACGUCCUACAUCCACCUCGAGUCUAUCCCACUACCGUUACGUGCAAUGUUCGAUCAGUACUUCCAACUAGGUCACAGACUCCGAAAGCACUACCUCGCUCCUCGAGUGAUCUUCUGCCUCGUUACUGGCCGCUUCGUACCGCCUAUUCACCGCCGCAACCUGUACAGUAUGCAGUACAGCAUGUUACCCGCCCGUCGGGCUGGCAUGGCAGAGGUAUGGGCAUUGCUCACCCAGCCCAAGAAAGGUAGCAGUGGGAGCAGUGGCUCUGGCUCUAUGGGUGGGGGCAUUGGCGGCCUCAACCCGAUUGUUAAGGUCCCUGCGAACUUCGGGCAGGGUGAUAUGAGGCGACGGGGUCAUCGCUAA